AUGUCGUACACAUGGCGACAGUAUCCACCCUGUGAAGCCAUCAUGAAACUGAGAACUUCAUCCAAGUUGUUGCCUUCGUUAUGGACACAGGCCUGCAGCUCAUCUUCUCUCAGCGCACCAACACGUUCGGCGGCUCCGUCUGCCGUGGAAAUGUCUCUCAGGGCCAAAUCCCACACGGACCUGCAGACAGCCGGGAGGUCGUCUGUGGACGAGGGCUCGUACAAACCCUUCUCCAUGAGCAGCACUAAUGUCAACGGAGGCAGCUGGUUCAGGAAUGGGGGAUCAGAAGAAGUCAAAGGUCUCUCUCGGCCGACCAGGAGACCCGUGCGAGUGGUCAGGCCGGUCAGUGCCGUCAACUCCAACGGAUCUUUUCUACAGAUGAAUCACCUGCAGGGGGAGCUGGUCAGAAAAAGGAAGGGCUCGUACAACCCCUUCCCCAUGAGCAGCACUAAUGUCAACGGAGGCAGCUGGUUCAGGAAUGGGGGAUCAGAAGAAGUCAAAGGUCUCUCUCGGCCGACCAGGAGACCCGUGCGAGUGGUCAGGCCGGUCAGUGCCGUCAACUCCAACGGAUCUUUUCUACAGAUGAAUCACCUGCAGGGGGAGCUGGUCAGAAAAAGGAAGGGGAAGGAAGGCGAGGAGUUAAAGAAAGAAAACAAGUACUUAUUAAAUGAGAUCCACAUGGAGAGGAUCAUGAUGCGCAAAGAUAACGAGCUGACCAUGAGGAACCUGAGGAACCUCAACCAGGAACUGCAGGCACAGGUCAAAGAGCUGAGGCAGCAGCUGUAUCAGAGCCAGCAGAGGGCGACGUUGUGUUCCCAUGCUGCGGAUGACGCUAACGUGUCCAGAGGGGAGGCAGAGAAGAGCCGGGCCCUGGCUGAGGCCCGGGCCCUGGGGUGUGAGCGGGACAGGGACGCAGCCGAGGCCGACAGGAGCCGCCACAGGGAGGAGCUGCAGCAGCUGAAGAAAGAACACACAGAUGUACAGCUGCUCCUGGCUCAAACUGAGAAGAACUAUUUUGAAACCAAGCUGGAGCUGGAGCGAGCGGCCGCUGAGAAGCAGCUUCUCUGGAAGGAGAAGAAGAACCUGGAGGUGGACAGAGACGACCUGCGACAGAAGCUGAGGGACGUGACCAGAGAAAAUGUCCAAGUCAAAGAGAGUGAGAUCAAUAUGCGACAUCGAACCCUAACUGCAGAGGAGGAAGGCAAGAGGGCCAGCCAGUGUCAACGGGAGGCCGAGGCCGCGAGGCGUCUGGCCGAGAAGGAGCGACAGCAGAGAACGGCCGAGUGUCUGACCUGGAGGGAGAGACACCAGGAGUUGGCCGACAAGUUCCGAGCUCAGGAGGACCUGAAGGCCCUGAGGCAGAACAAGUCGUGUCAGGCCAACAUCAAAAGCUACUUCCUGUGCAUGACGGAGAGCGACCAGAGGGUUCGAAUCCUGAAAAAUCAAGAUGGCUCCCCGAGAAAUUUCACGGAAGCAGAUCCGGUCUACAUCUCCACCCCUGACUCCAGUCCUGAAGACCCUGAGACCAGUACAUCAAGGACCAUGCUGAGGGUUUCGGCCCCACACACAGGGAGGGACCUGGGGCCCAGUCACUUUGACGAACUUCCCGCUUUCGGCGGCGAGCGGCCCAGCUCCGCGCCCGCUCGCAGGAACAGGAAGGUGGUGGAGUACUUCUGGAUCCCCACAGACCAGGAGUGAGUCAAGGCACGGAGGCAGCUGAGGAAUAGGUUUGAUUGUUGAAGGUAAAGAAAAAGUCACACCAGACGGUAGAGCUGCUCAUGUUCUUGACUUUAUUGACAUUAAAGCAACAGAGGUGCACGAUAACUCAGAGUAGUUUACACAGUGAUCCAAAUCCAUCGUCGUCUUCAAAGAUCAACAGUGAGGGUAGAAGGCGUUGUUCACAUCCAUGAACAAGGUAGUCGGUCAUUGAGCCAAUUUAAAUCAAAGGGACGCGUUUGUCUGUUUGUCUGAUAAAUACUGACAUUUGUUAACUGUCUGAAGUCAAACCGUUGGCCUCCAUAAACUCCUGUUCGACUUCUGCUCAGCAUCUGCUGUGGAUCUGAGAGAUUCCUCUGAUCCCGGCACCAGACAUUGAAAAACCAACCAAACAAUUUGAAUUAAGAGGUAGAAACACAGG